CAAAGUAUCGAAUUUCCACCUUUGCCUUGUCCCUUUUCCCCUAUACACAAACACCGCCUUUCAUUCUCCUUUUUCAUUUUCAUUGCAGAGAUAAUGAACAGGGCAACAACAAAAAUACCCCUAAUUAACUUAAAUAAUAAUUACAAUUACAUUAAUAUUAAAUCCCUUUUAUUUCAUUCAACUCCUGUUCUUAAUCGUAGAAGACGUACCCAUUGGGAAUCUCCUGGAAGCUUUUACAGGAGUUCUUCAAGGAGACCCAACUUCAAUGGAAGACGACAAAGAAAGUUUUAUGCUAAACAAGAAAUGCUGAAGAACGCUAAUGCGUUUGCAGAAAACCUUUUCCAUGGCUGGCGUGAUUAUGAUGACUUUGAUCCAUCUUCAAGCUCGUGGUAUAGAGGUGAUCCUGGAAGAUCCAAUGGGACCCGAGGCAACAAUAAGGGAGCCCAGGCUAGGGCCCGCAAAAAGGGAUUCCAGUUCUAUGAAGAUGUUGAAGAAGUUGAGACGAUAUUCCGCUCUUCUUUUGGUGGAAAUGGGUUCUACUUUUGGUCUUUUAUAAAUGAUGAACCGCGGAGCUCAUCAGGCUAUUCUAAUAAUAAGCGUACCUCAUGGAAUUGGAGACACCGGUUUGAAUCAGAUGAUGAAGACUCAUCUUCAUCUGAGUCAGACAGGGUUGAAACUGAUACAAGUAAAGAUAGGAUUGCCCUUGGUUUGAGUGGUUCUGGUCCUUUAAGCCUUGAAGCUGUUAAAAAUGCAUACCGAGCUUGUGCGCUUAAAUGGCAUCCAGAUCGUCACACGGGUUCUUCCAAGGCUAUUGCCGAGGAGAAGUUUAAGGUCUGCAGUGCUGCAUAUCAAUCUUUAUGUGACAAAUUGGCGCUGAAUUAAGAAUCUUGCUCUAUUGACCAGUGGACUUAAGUCCCUGUGGGGGAGGAUCAUCUGAUUUAGUUGAUGUAGUUUGUUCUUUUUAGGAUCACCAAUACACAGAAGACACUUAAAAAGUUAACAUGGUUAUGGUGGACAUGAGGUGCAUUGGCUUCUGCUAGAUAUUUUAGAUUUUGUUGGUGUACAAGUUAUAAAUUCCUCUAUAAACCAUUUUUCAUGGUUUCUUGUGUUCUAAUACCCCACAGUUGAGAUUGGUACAUAUAAUAAAUUGGAUAUUAUUGAAUUUA